AUGCUGUCAGAUAACAUGAAACAAAAGAGCGAAAAGAAACUCAUUGCUGACUUCGACGCUGUUUCAUUAUAUCCAUCCGCUAUAGCAAGACUUUAUACUUUAGAAGGUAUUCCAAAGGUUAUGAAGAAAGAAAUGUUAAGCACAGAGUAUCUCAUGAGACAUUUAUUCGAUGACGACCAAAAGGAACCCAUUGGUGAAAAGUUUAUGUCUGGCUUCUUUGUUCUCAUUAAGAUAACAGAGAUUGGAAUACAUAGACACUUUCCUUUAAUAGUUUGUGACCCUGAACUAAAUCCAGAACUUAACGUUCCCAGAAGUUCAAACACUUGCUGUUUAAUGUAUGUUGACCAUAUAACAUUACAAGACCUCAUAAAAUAUCAAGGUGUCAAAUGUGAAGUGUUGCAAGGAUACUAUUACGAUGGAAACAGAGAUAUUAGAAUAAGAGAUGAAGUAAAGAAGUUGUUUGAGUUAAGGUUAAAGUAUAAGAAAGAAGGAAAUCCUUUGCAAGAAAAUAUAAAGCUCAUUCUGAACAGUAUUUAUGGCAAAACUAUUCUAUCUCCUAUUGAGUCAAAAAUAACCAUAGUAAAUGACAAAGAUGCUAUAAGAUAUGCCAUCAGAAACUACAACCAUAUAGUGAAGUUCGAAGGUUUGGAUGGUUCAGAUAAAACUAUUUUCAAGCUAACGAAAAGCAUUUGCAGACACUUUAACUUUUGCCCCUUAGGUGUUAACAUUCUGUCUAUGUCGAAGAGAAUAAUGUGUGAAGUAUUCUGUACUGCUGAGGACUUAGGAAUGGACAUCUUUUAUAGCGAUACGGACAGUAUGCAUCUCUACAAUGAAGAUAUCCCUCGUUUAGCUGAAGAGUUUGAGAAACGUUAUGGAAGAGUUCUCAUUGGUAAAAACCUUGGUCAAUUUCAUAGCGACUUUGCAGAAAUCACAAAAGAUAAACAAAGUUUAGCAUACAAGUCAAUAUUUUGUGGAAAGAAGACUUACAUAGACUUACUCACGAAUGAUUUAAAUGAAGUUGCAUUUCACUGCAGAAUGAAAGGCGUGAAGCAAGAU